AUGACAUCAUAAAACGCCACAGGAAAGAGCAAACAGAUGCCAGUGCCGUGGGGGACAGGCGAAGGCAGCAGGUCAAGAACAGGAAUUCAGCGUACGGGUAUGGGCGGCCCCGUUUCCGCACCUGGAUGCAGAGGAAUUUGCAAGGACCUAAUCGUUUUAGAAGAGGGUUUGGACAACAACAAUACAAUCGGAGACAAUUCAGGAAUACUGUGCCUGGUCCCAGGAGAAGAGCAGCUGCCGCAUUAAAUGGAGUGAGCCCUUUAAAUCGCCAGGCAUCGGCUCAAGAGGGCAACAAGAACAACGAUGCUUUCACCAAAAGCAGCAGCAGCGGGCAGCCGGAGGGACGGCGACGGCCACCCCCAGGUCCCAAGAGAUUCAGAGCAGCUGCUGCCAGCACCCACGCCCCGGGGAGAAGGCCUUUCCAGCUAAACAGGGGACCAGCCUUCCAGCAGAAGCGGAUGCAGCAGCGAUUCUCCAAAGCCAACUUUCAGAGAGGGCAGAUGGAUGCUAAUGGAGAAGAGAAACCACCAAGGAUGAGAAGGUGGCAAGUGAAACCCAGCCCCGGAGCAGUUCUGACGGUUUCUGUGGCUAAUCCCCAGGCGGGCCAGACUGGCGCGCCUGGAUCCAAGCGACCAUACCUGCGAAGCCAGAGGCCCCCGCCGCGGGUGGCCAAGCCCCAGCCCAAGGGGGUGCUGCUGAGAUUCAACUUCCGCGCGAUGGCCAACCAGACCAGCCUGACGCUGGAUGAGAGGUUCUCUGGUCUGAGGAAUAAGAGGCGCUUUACAGCAGCCAGGAGCGCCGGACGGACAGUCACCAUGCCUUAG